CUUCCAAUCCUGCCAGGCUCUCCAAUCGCUUGCAGAGAUCAUCGCUUUACUCAGGCGGUUGUGUCGAUCUCGGCUCCAACUGGAGACCCGGGCCAAACCAUGGCGGAGAAGAUUCAAAAGAGUGUGAAGAUUGCUCCUGGAGCAGUCGUGUGUGUAGAAAGUGAAAUCAAAGGUGAUGUAACUAUAGGACCUAGAACAGUGGUCCACCCUAAAGCACGAAUUAUUGCGGAAGCCGGGCCAAUAGUGAUUGGUGAAGGUAACCUGAUAGAAGAACAGGCGCUUAUCAUAAAUGCUCACCCUGAUAAUAUCACCCCUGACGCUGAAGAUCCAGAACCCAAAACUAUGAUCAUUGGCACCAAUAAUGUUUUUGAAGUUGGCUGUUAUUCCCAAGCCAUGAAAAUGGGAGAUAAUAAUGUUAUUGAAUCAAAAGCAUAUGUAGGCAGAAACGUAAUAUUGACAAGCGGUUGCAUCAUUGGGGCUUGUUGCAACCUAAAUACGUUUGAAGUUAUCCCUGAGAAUACAGUGAUCUAUGGUGUAGACUGCCUUCGUCGGGUGCAGACUGAGCGACCACAGCCCCAGACACUACAGCUGGAUUUCCUGAUGAAAAUCUUGCCAAACUACCACCACCUAAAGAAGACUAUGAAAGGAAGCUCUACUCCAGUUAAGAACUAAGAACAAUAUAUGACAUCAAGAUAACAUUGUCUUUGACCUCUGUCUUUUGAAAGGGCCAAAAGCAGUUCACAGAAUAAUACAUGUUAACUUUAUUUAGUAAAAUUGAGUUAGAGAGGAAAGUAAUGGAUUUUCAUUGUAACUAUCCUCUGUAAUUUAUAGAAAACAUAUUGUUUUCCUAUAUCUUUGUUCCUUUUCUGAUAAUUUACAGUUUUAGUUUUAUUUUAUAAAAUGUUGGCCAUAAAUUUUAGUUAUGCAGACUAUCUGUGAUAAGAAAGGGUGCAUUGUUAUGUAUUUAUAUUCUAACAUAUACUAAAUAAAAAUAUUGAUGACAGGA